AUGGUCAAUACCACAACCACAGCGGGACUCAUCGGUGCUGUUCUUUUGGUUCGCCACGGCGACAGGACGGGAUACUACCAAGACCCAACUACAUACAACUCUACCCAAGCAUACAUUACCCCUCUUGGAGAGCAACAAGAAUUUGAACUCGGCACUUUUCUUCGUAACACAUAUCUCAAUACCGAUUCUCCAUCUUUCAUCCAGAAUAUCAGUACCGACGUGGUAAAUGUCGAUCAGCUGACUGUCCGCGCAGACGCCGGCGGAGGAAAUGUCAUCCUUAACUCCGCGUAUGCUCUGCUUCAGGGUCUCUACCCAUCUACAAAAAAGUCAGAGAUAACUCUGGCGAACGGUACAACGGUCGUCCCUCCUCUUGGCGGAUACCAGUAUGUUCCAGGCAAGUCAGGCAGAGUUACUCUUUUUCCAUCUCUCACAAGUUGGAUGGACUGUGAGUAUUUCCAAUAUCACCUGGCCAGAAUUUACGCUUCGUCUACAUUCCUAAACAUGUCCACCACUGCUGCGCCAUUCCUGACUGCCUUGAAACCUUACUUGGGGAGCGUCAGUAAUAACUUCACAAACAUGUGGAAUAUAUACGACCAUGUCAAUGUCCAGUACACGUAUAACAAGACCUAUUACGAAAUCCUGCCUCCCACCUUCCUCCAGCAAGCACGCUAUUACUCUGAUUGGCUCCAACACAAUGUCUUCACCGACUCCGUGCAAAAUGGCAUCGGCCAAAUUCCUAUUCGCACACUUCUACCGGAGGUCAUCUGGGCCUUGGGUAACAUGACCAAAACUUCUAACCAAGUCAGGCUAAAUAUUCAAGAAAUCGAUUACAAGCCGUUUAUCAGUCUAUUUAACGUCACGAAUGCUACCUUGACUGACCCCGAAAUUGCUGGUACCGUCAACUAUGCUUCUGUCGUUGCCCUUGAGUUGUCGCAGAACUCACAGGGUCAGCAUGAGGUUAGCAUGAAGUUUAAGAACGGUACUGAGGACAGCCAGUUCCGUCAACUUAAGAUGUUCGGAAACACGAGCAUCACGCUUGACAGUUUUAUUCACCAACUAUUUUGGACUACAAUCAACUCCACUAACAACUGGUGCUUCUCCUGCAAUCAGACUAUUAACCGCGGAUGCUCUGUCUUUAACUUCAGUAACGACCCCUUCUUGUACGGCUAUGGUACCGGUUAUACGGGCUAG